AUGGUUUAUUUACGUUGCUAUUCAAGAGUCUUUCAGAAUGCGUUGCUGGAUCUAACAGUGCAUAUAAGCUCUUUUAUACCAUUAUCUUUGGUCUUUUAUCAUGACAUCAAGUUGGAUUAUGGAUCGAUUCUUCGGAUGCAACUCAUUCAGAAAACAUCUUCAUCUACUCGCAACACUGAAAUUUCUGGUGCUCGCUUUUCGUCGUUAAUCGUCCAUAGACCCUUAGUACACUUCAAGAUUCCUUCUGCGGAUGAUGUUCUGGUUGCUGUGAUUCCUAUUCUACAAACUUCAUCAUUCAUGAUGUCAGAUCCGACAAAUUUUACUUUUGUUGGAUCAAUUCCGGAGCAGAUCCUCUUCGACUUCCCAGACACUUUGAAAACUAAUCCGAAGGUUAAUGAAGCUUCUGGAUCUAAAGGGAAAGAGAGGAUAAUUGACGAUGAUGAAGAAGAAGAAGUUCUUUCGGAUGGUGAAGAACUUGUGAGAAAGAAACGAGACAAGGAGCUUGAUGAUAUUCUGAUACUUCACAAAGAAUUAGAAGGAAAGGAAGUUGAAGCUAGAGUUGCAAAAGGUUACUCUAGAAACAAAAAUGUUGUUUUUUUUCCUCUUUGGUCUUUAAAAAGAAUUCAGAAGGAAGCGAUCAAUGAUCCGAGCAUUCACUGGUUGGAGCCUUCGGUAGCUUUCGAACUGAACAAUACCACUGACUCUGAGCUCGACUUCCCACUUACUCCGAAAGCCUUCCCAUUCCGAGGCUUCGCUCAUAUUAAGAAAGCUUCAUUUUCAGACUACAAUGUUAACAAUAUGCUUUUCUCAUUUUAUCUCAAACAUGGAUAA